UCAUCCACCAUUUUGAGAAAAGCUCGUUUUUAGAUCUUUCAUAAAUCCUUUUGUUCUCAAAAAUGAGUGACCAGCUUUGCAAACUCUUCGUCGGAGGCCUCAACGUCAACACAGACGAUGAUGGGCUGCGCAAACACUUUGAGCAGUACGGUACUCUGACCGACUGUGUGGUGGUGAUGAACAAGGAGCUGCAGCGCUCGCGCUGCUUCGGCUUUGUGACCUACGCGUCCCCCGAGGAGGCGGACGCGGCCAUGGCGGCCAGGCCGCACACCAUCGACGGCAACACGGUCGAGUUAAAGCGAGCUGUGGCCAGAGAAGAUGCGAACAGGCCCGAGGCUUUGGCCAAGGUUAAGAAAAUCUUCGUCGGUGGGCUAAAGGACGACAUUGAAGUGGAGCACCUGGUCGAGCAUUUUUCCACUUUUGGGGAGGUAGAGAAGGCCGAAGUCAUCUCCGAAAAAGACACGGGGAAGAAAAGAGGCUUCGGUUUUGUUUACUUCACCGACCACGAUGCAGCCGACAAGACUGUCGUGGUCAAAUACCACACCGUCAAUAAUCACAAAGUGGAGGUGAAAAAGGCUCUGACAAAGCAGGAGAUGCAGUCUACACGAGGCUCAAUGGCUCCCAGAGGCCGAGGCCGCGGAGGCAUGAUGAGAGGGAAUCAAAAUGGCUACGGUGGCAGAGACUUCGGCGGAAACUACGGCUACGGAAAUGGCGGCGGCUAUGGCGGCGGCUAUGGAGGCUACGGAGGGCCUUACGGGGGUGGCUACGGCGACCAGGGCAGUGGCUAUGGGGGUGGAAACGGCUACAACGACUUCGGCAGCGGCUAUGGGCAGCAGCACUCUGGUUACGGCCCAAUGAAAGGACCUUUCGGGGGCCAGAGGAGCUCUGCUCCAUACAGCAGAGGGGGUGGUGGCGGCGGCGGCGGAUACCCCAGGGGGGGCUACGGUGGUGGCUAUUAAGUCAGAGACAAUGGGAAAUCGAUUGUCCCCCACCCCCUAUCCUUCAUCCAUCUGUUACCCGGGAUCUGGAUUCCACAACCCAAAAUCAGUAAUGGGGCUUCUGCUGUGAAACCACGGCAGAAAGUGACAGAGCCCCAAUGAUAAAGAAGACCUCAGACCAAACAGGUGUUCUAACUCAUAUUCCAGUAGGCUAUCCCCAGCCAAAAUAGCCGUAGCAGUUUUUUAUAGACCACAGGACCCUGUUGAUUACCUGGGGUCGAUUGUGAUAGGAGUCUGAAAUAUCUCUUUAGGAUAUCUACAUCCAGCAAUAUAGGUUGCUAUGGUAACCUGGAUACAGGGCAUCACUCUGCAAAUGGCGGGGUGUGUCUUCAUGCAACGAAGAAAUGGAGGGAAU